UUAUUUGUGAUGCGUAGUUUUUAGGUUAGAGAGAAUCAUUUGAAGGAGAAUGUCAUGUCAAAUAUGGCUGGAGUGAGAAGUGUAAUGGUGGUGUAACUGAUGUAUUACAGUAAUUGUACUGCAAUAUCUUUAUGUCAGAUUGCCUGGUUUAUUUGCUGUGGGCUGUUUUAAUUGUUUUAUGGUGAAAUAUUAGUUGUUAAAAAUGUUUCAGUUUGGAUUUAAUAUGUUUCCCGAUAUUCCACGUCCACUCAACACUCAGUAUAAAUGCUAUUCAGUAUCAAUGCUCCCUGGAAAUGAGCGACAUGAUGUUGAAAGAGGUGGUAAAAUUAUAAUGCCUCCAUCAGCAUUGGAUCAGUUGACACGUCUGAACAUAGUUUAUCCAAUGUUGUUCAAGUUAACGAAUAAGAGGACAAACCGCAUCACACAUUGUGGGGUUUUAGAGUUUGUAGCUGAUGAAGGCAAAGUGUACUUGCCGUACUGGAUGAUGCACAAUUUGCUUCUUGAAGAGGGAGAUUUGCUUCAGAUUGAAAGCGUAUCAUUGCCUGUUGCAACAUUCUCACGUUUCCAGCCACAGUCAAUAGAUUUCUUGGAUAUUACAAAUCCAACAGCUGUUUUAGAAAAUGGUUUGCGUAGCUUUGCAUGUCUUACAACUGGUGACAUGAUUGCUAUUAAGUAUAAUCAACGGAUAUAUGAACUGUGUGUUCUGGAAUCAAAGCCUGGGCCUGCUGUUAGCAUCAUAGAAUGUGAUAUGAAUGUUGAGUUUGCGCCUCCAGUUGGUUACAAGGAACCAGAACGAAUUAAGAAACCAGAUGAAGAGAUGGCAGUAGAUGCAGUUGAACUGAUGCCUGCUGGCUUUGUUGCCUUUUGUGGAGAAGGAAACAGGCUCGAUGGAAAGAAGAAGAGAGAAAUUGCGACUAGCAGUAAAAUGGCUGUGAAGGCGGCUUACCAGCGAGGAGUUCCAGAUUACAAUUACAAAAUAGGAACUCUGAGAUUUCUAAGAAACUCCAGACCACCAUUAAAAGAGAAUAAGGAACCAACCGAAGAAUUCAAAGCGUUCACUGGAGAGGGAUUUUCACUUCGCCAGUCGAAAUCUAAGAAAUUACUGUAAUGUGAGAGUAAUUUGAAAAGAACAUGCUAAUGGAAGUUAUUGUAUCUCUUUGUGUAUCUUUGGUGAAAAUGAAUCAAUAUGAAUAUUUUCAGCUAAAAUUAAAUGGGUUAUUGUAUUUCUAUUAUUAAUGUGAAUGUUCCAGGCAACUUCAGUCCAACAAAAACUUUGUAAUGCUGUAAAAGUUUACGUCACUUUCUAUCUUAUUCACUGCAAGUCUGAUUUAA